AUGGGUGAUGAAGAAAGAUUAGGGAAAAAGUCCAAGUCUCUGGCCAAGUCUGAUGAGGAUACAGACAUGGCCUUGAAGGUCUCUAGUGCUCUUCACGAAGCUCUCCUCAACAUCAAGAAAAAAGAAGAAGAGUCUCGUACGGCGGUGGACUUCCCACACUUGGAGAGCGAGGGACCGCCACCCCCUCCCCCUGGAGACGCCGAGAUGCCUCCCCUUCCCUCCCGUAGCCCCCCUCCUACCCAGCCCGAUCCUCAGCAGAGGUACGUCCUCCCACCCCUGGGCAGCUACCAGCAGGCGCCACAGCCGGUGCCUCCGCCCACUUACCAGCAACCGCAAAUGCAGCAAGCACCUCAGCCUGCAGCAGGUCCCCUAGGUGGAUGGCAGACUGUUAACCCCUCUCAGCCACAGUAUCAGCCUGGCUACCCAUACACCAUGCAACCUGCCGCUGCUCAGUCUGUAUGGGGGGCACAGCCUGCACCACACCAGUACCUGGUCCCAUAUGGACAUCCAGAACCAGAGCCCCCAUUGCAACCCCCUGGUGAAAGCAACUCAGACAUGUUUUCCUUUUAG